UAUACACGUAUAUGAUAUUUAAAAAAAAAAAAACUGUGUCCAUGUAUGUGUGUGUGUGAUUCACUUGGGUUGAUUUUUCCAACAAGGGUGGGUCUUUAAAUUUUGUACAUCUUGGGGAGGGGUCCAACACAUCACCCCAAUAAUAAACUAUCAUUUUUCAUUUUUAUACUCAAAUAAUAAAAUAAAUAUAUAUAUUUUUUACAAUUAUUAAUAUAAAUUAUAUACAAAUAUUUAUAAAAAAGUUAGUGGUGAUAACAAAAAAAAAAAAAAAAAAGAAAAUAUUUUAUAAACGUGUUUGACAAAAUUGCAACACCAAAAUAAAUUAAAUACAAAAAAAUAUGAAAUACUAAUUUUUUAUAUAUACAUUUUAAAGUGAAACAAUAUCUUUUAUUAUUUUUUUUUUCUUAUAUUAUAAAAGUUCCAAGAGGAUGAUUUUUUUAUGCCUUUUUAGUUAAAUUUUAAUGACAAAUUGGAGUGAUUAAUUAUUUAUCAAUUUAUUGGAUUAAUUUUGAAGGUGUGUAUUACAACAACGAGUUGAAACCCCCCAUAAAAUUUCUCGAGUUCGUUUGAUGGCUGCUGCUGCUGUUGUCUCAAGGGGUGGGAGAAAACAAGCCUUGUCCACAUAAUAUUCAGAAGCUUUUUUAUAUGCAGGAAUAUGUCGAGCUUAAAAAUUGGCAAGACAAAUCAAGACGACGUGUGUUACGUUGUCGCAAAAUAUGAUUAUGGUGCUCAAGGUGCCCAAGAAUUAGAUUUACGUAAAAAUGAACGUUAUUUAUUAUUGGAUGAUUCAAAACAUUGGUGGCGUGUACAAAGUGCACGUGGACAAGCUGGUUAUGUACCAAGUAAUUAUGUUAAAAAAGAAAAACCAUCAUUAUUUGAUAGUAUUAAAAAAAAAGUUAAAAAAGGAUCUGGUUCAAAAACAUUACCAUCUGGUAAUUCACCAUCACGUGCUGUUGAAUCACCAAUAAUGACACGUAGAUUACCAGCAGAUCCAAGUGAAGCAAUUGGUACUGCUGUUGUUAAAUAUAAUUAUCAAGCACAACAACCAGAUGAAUUAGCAUUAGCUAAAGGUACACGUAUACUUAUAUUGGAAAAAUCAAAUGAUGGCUGGUGGCGUGGACAAAGUGGUACACAAGCUGGUUGGUUUCCAUCAAAUUAUACACAAGAAGAGGGUGAUAAUGAUGAUACAUUACAUACAUAUGCUAUGGCUGAAAAUGUACUUGAUAUUGUUGUUGCAUUAUAUUCAUUUUCAUCAAAUAAUGAUCAAGAAUUAUCAUUUGAAAAAGGUGAUCGUUUAGAAAUAUUAGAUAGACCACCAGCUGAUCCAGAAUGGUAUAAAGCUAGAAAUGGACAAGGACAAAUUGGUCUUGUACCAAGAAAUUAUUUACAAGAAUUGAGUGAAUAUUUAACACAACCAUAUCGUGAACGUGGUGGUGGUAUUGUUGGUACUGGUACUGGUACUAUUGGAGGUGGUGGUGGUCCUGGUAAUGGUUCUGGUCCUGUUCCUGGUCCUGGUAAUGGUAAUGGUGGUGGUGGUACAAUGACAACAAGUGAAAUAAGUACAUCUGGUGAACAACAUUCACUUGAAAGAAGGCCUGAUCCUGGUGAAAGACCACAUCUUAUUGGUAAACCAUGGUACUAUGGAAGUAUUACACGCUCACAAUGUGAUAAUGUUCUUAAUCAACAUGGCCAUGAUGGUGAUUUUCUCAUCAGAGACAGUGAGACUAAUAUGGGUGAUUAUUCAGUAUCACUAAAAGCACCUGGACGUAAUAAGCAUUUUAGGGUACAUGUUGAAGGAGCUCUCUAUUGUAUUGGUCAACGUAAAUUUCAUACACUAGAUCAACUUGUCGAUCAUUAUCAACGUGCACCAAUAUACACAAAUAAACAAGGUGAAAAAUUAUACCUAGUACGUCCUUUGCCAAAAGUUAAUACCGGUAGUAACGGUUGCUAAGGCAAAUAAUAUUUAUAAUUAAUUAUUAUUGAUAAUAAUAUAAAUUCUUUAUUUUUUUUUCUUUUUUUUUGAGAUAAAAUAACGAUGAAACCUCGGGAAGCCUAGUUAUAUUAAUAUCAAUCUCAUGUUUAUAUACAUAAUAUUAAUUAAUAAAAUUGGAG